GUGACAUAAUUUUUUUUUUUUUUCAGAAGUAUUUUGCUCAAAUAUUCGUUAAAAAAUUCUGCUCAUGGAGCAUUAUGAAUUCAUUUCAAAGACUGACAAAAAGAGUCUAUUCAAUCAAAUAAAGUUCCUAGUAAGCUGUGGCCAAGAAUCAUAUCAAAAUGAUCUUGCUACCCGAAGAAGACAACUUCGAGAACUUCUGGAGAAUGAAGAAAAAGUCUACGAAAACGAAUUUAUUGAAAAAAUCAAGUCGCGAGUUGAUGAAAAUAUUCGACAACGACAAAAAUCUCUCAUGACUAUGAAAGAAGAGCGUAAGAAAGAGCAAACAAAGUUUGUUGCCUCAAAGAAACUUCAUCAAAAUAUGCUAAAUUGUCAUGAAAUUCGUGAAGAAUUGAGGAAAAAAGACUAUCGUCAAACACAACUUUGUCAAUUGGAACAAAUCGACGAUAAACUUAGAGCUAAACUACGAGAGAAAAAAGAUGAAGAAUUUUGGUUGAAAGUUCAAAAGAAAAUGCAAGAUAAAAUUGAUCAAAGUCAAGAAAAAGAAGAUAAAUUAAAAAGAUCAUUGCAAGCAAAUCAGUGUAGGAUAUUGGGAAAUCAGCUUGAAGAAAUCCGAAAGGCCAGAGAAAUGGAUUUGGCUCGUACAAACAAAGAAAUGGAAGAAAUGAACCUUAAAAUGAAGACUAGCCAAGGUGAUGAACAAAAACAGGCCUUAGAAGCUCGCAAAUCAAAGAGCAGGGAUGUUAAAAAUUCCUUAAAUACAAUUUGUGAGCAGCAAAAACUAAUCAGGGAUGAGGCUGAAAACUUUGAAAAUGUUUUUCAUAAAGAAACAAUGAGACAAGUCAAUGAGGAGAUUGAGUCUACAAUUCAAAAGAAUGUCAAAUUUAAAGAAGAAACAUCAAGCUAUUUGGAAUAUAUAAAGAAAUUCAAGAAUUUUGCUGCUAAUAAAGAAAAGAAACGAUCUGAAAUGGGCGAUGAAUUAGAUAAACGUUUUUAUUGUUUCAAAAAUCAUCCCAAAAAGAGUUUGGCAGCUAACAAACGACACAUAGCCGAAUCAAGUCAUAAAACCUUACUGAAGCAGAUUUGUGAAGAAAAAACACGAAGAUUUAAACUUGUGGCUGCCGAGAGAGAAAACAAAAUGUUGGAAAAUCGUUUUGUUAAGAUGAAAAUUCAAGACAGGUUAAAGGAACGUUUGCAAGUGCAAAAGGAUCUUGAUGACCAGAUAGCGGAAAUAAAUCGUUUAAAGAACGAGAAACAAAAACAAUUUGAAAAUGAACUUAAUCGUGCUGAAGAAGAUCAACUUUUUUGUGAGCAGCUAUUGGAAAAGCAUAAACUUGAAGGUUGUGAUUAUUUAAAUCCGCAUCCGAAUUGGAAGCUGAUGGCUUGCUUUAAAGAAAUUGAUGGUUAAAAUAUGUAUUUUUUAUGUGUACUUUUGUGGAUAAAUUUUGGUGUUUAAUAUUACUCUAUAAAAA